CAUGUUCGGUACGAUAUAUGGGUGUCGUCACGUAGCAUUUUUCGACGUCCUCUGUUGUUUAUAAUCAUUUUGUUCCCCGCCAGUUCGUAAGACCGAGAUAUUCUCUCUUCUCUUUUUUCUUGGUUGGAAAAUUGCUACCAUCCGUUCCCGCGUAGUAGUCUUUCCCUCUCUAUUCACAGGUCGUUCUUGCGAGUCUUAGAUAUAGACUACGUAUCAGUGAGGUAGCUGUAUCCAAGUUUCGACUCAUCGUUCUUUCUUGUGCCAAAGUCUAGGGACUACAAGUAACCCGCGUCCUUCAUAUUCCUCUUUCUGAAAUCUCACUUCCAGCUAGCCUUCUGAUCCUACCGAAAAAAUGACACCCAAGAAUCAUGCGCCGAAGUUGCCGGCGCAGCAAUUGGCUAUAUUGGCUGUCGCACGAUUUGCUGAACCCCUCUCUUACACAUCUGUUUUCCCGUACCUACCAGAGAUGAUCUCCAGUUUCGGCGUCGAAAGAAAGGAAGUCGCAAAAUGGGCUGGCAUCACGAGUUCCGUCUUUUCCCUCGCUCAGAGUAUGACCGCUGUAUUCUGGGGUAGGGCCUCCGAUCGGUUCGGAAGGAAGCCCGCCAUCAUGACCGGUCUUUUAUGUACUAUGGCUUGCUUCUUAGUAUGGGGUGUUUCAACAAGUUUACCAAUGGCUAUCGCCGUCCGUGCUAUGAUGGGGGCUGGUAAUGGAAACGUUGGUAUCAUUCGAACGAUGGUUGCGGAGAUGGUAACAGAAAAGGAACUCCAACCAAAGGCCUUCUCAGUCAUGCCGCUAGUCUGGAGCGUCGGUAGUGUAUUCGGACCAGCAUUCGGCGGCCUGUUCGCCAAACCCGCGGAGCAAUGGCCGGGGGUCUUCGGCAACAGCACCUUUUUCAAGAAAUACCCGUUCGCCCUCCCCAACCUGAUAGGUUCCAUUGUCUUCUUAAUUUCUCUCUCCACCGCCAUGCUCUUCCUGAAGGAAACCCUCCAGAGUAAACGCCACUCCCGAGACUGGGGGCUCGUCCUCGGCGAACGCAUCAAGGAGGCAUUCCGCGAGCACUCUCCUGGACGACGAGCGCAGCGUCUCCGCCGGUACUCCCUUCAAGACGACGAGGUAACGGCGCCACUGCUCAGCGGAAGCGCCCCUUCGAAGACCGCUCGAACCAGCGUCGUCGAAACCAGAGCCGAGAAGCCCAAGCCUCUCCCGAUCAGCGCCGUAUUCAGCCGCCAGACCACCAUCAACCUCAUCGCUUACACGUUCCUUGCGCUCCACGCCGUCGCCUACGACCAAGUCCUUCCCGUCUUCCUCAACUACCCGCCGCAGGCCCACACCCCCGAGAACACGACCUUCCCCUUCCUCUUCAGCGGCGGCUUCGGCCUCAACCACGCGCACAUCGGCGCCAUCUUCGCCGCCGAGGGCGUGCUGUCCGGCUUCGUGCAGUUCCUCAUCUUCCCGCUGCUCUGCAAGCGGUUCGGCGUGCUGCGCUGCUUCAAGACGUGCGUCGUCGUCUUCCCGCUCGUCUACGUCGUCACCCCCUUCGUCGUGCUCAUCGAGCCCAAGGCCCUGCGCUACGCCGCGCUGGCCCUGAUCCUCAUGACCAAGACCUUCGCCGUCAUCGUCGGCUUCCCGUGCACCACCAUCCUGCUGACCAACAGCGCCGCGAGCCUGAGCAUCCUGGGGACCCUCAACGGUUUCGCGACGACGUUCAGCGCGCUGGGAAGAGCGACGGGGCCCGCGCUUACGGGGAGCGUGUUUACGUGGGGCGUUAAGCAUGGGGUUAUUGGUAUGCCGUGGUGGUUGCUGGCGUGCAUUGCGACGCUAGGUGCCGUGCCUGCGUAUAUGGUUGUUGAGGGAGACGGGCCGAGUGGUGCUGUUACGCCUGUUGAUAGUGAUGAGGAGGAGGGAGAGGUCGAUGAUGAGAUCGCGGAAGAUGAGGAGGAUGGCGGGUUUGAGAAUAGUCAGACCAGCACGCUCAUCGUAGUGGAACAACCGCAGCCGCAGGAUGCCCCGUCUGCGGAAAGAGCCGAGGGCUCGAGGAGUAGUAACGGCUACGGUGCAGUGACGAACUGAAUGAGGAAUGUGGGAUGAAUGAGGGCUUAAUGUUAGUAAGUAAUGUUCUCAUGAGGAGAGGACGGGUUAGACUACGUUACUGGUGUUAGAGGGCGAUGGCGAUCGAAUAAACGUUACUUACAAGCAGCUACACCAUCAAAUAUUAUUACCAUGGGCGGCGUUACGGAUCUAGAAAAUGGGAAUGGGAAUCAUCAUAUUUGGAAGAAGCAAGUAGGAGUUUAUUUCUUGGUUCAAUGUAGAUAGAAGAUUGGAACUCAUCAUCACCACCACGCCGAGAAAUAUAUAAAAAUAUGUUCAAAAGUCA